CCACCGCUGAGACCAAAGUGAUGAGAAUCGACUCGACUGCUUGAACUCCCUUUGUCUGAAUUAAGAUCAUUUACUUUACAAUAUUGCGACUGACUGUGGACGUCGUUUUGAGUGAAUCAGAAUGCCGAGAGAAAUCAUUACUUUACAAGCAGGACAAUGCGGCAAUCAGAUCGGUGCAAAGUUCUGGGAACAGCUGUGUCUCGAACACGGUCUAAGUCCAGACGGCACGCUGCGCGACGAUCUCCCCACAAAUGCGUCAGACCGCAAGGACGUCUUCUUCUACCAAUCGGAUGAUACCCGCUACAUUCCGCGCGCACUGCUGAUCGACCUCGAACCACGCGUGAUCUCAGGGAUUCUAAACUCGCCGUAUGCGCGCAUGUAUAAUCCAGAAAACAUUUACUCCGGCGGCGACGGAAGCGGCGCGGGUAAUAUCUGGGCGUCGGGAUACCACGCAGGCGAGCAGCUGACGGAUGAGUUGAUGGAUAUGCUUGAUCGGGAGGCCGAUGGCUCGGACUCGUUGGAAGGAUUCAUGCUGAUGCACUCUAUUGCUGGCGGUACCGGGUCCGGUCUAGGCUCGUUCCUACUCGAACGGCUCAGCGAUCGGUAUCCUAAGAAAGUGAUGCAGACGUACUCCGUUUUCCCUGCUACUUCACAAGUCUCAGAGGUUGUCGUGCAGCCUUACAACAGUUUACUGGCGCUCAAGCGGCUCACGCAGCACGCGGAUGCAGUCACGGUGCUCGACAACGCCGCGCUGUCGCGAUUAGCAGCCGACAGUCUCCGCGUGCAGAGCCCGACAUUUGACCAAACGAACCAACUAGUGGCAACUGUCAUGUCCUCGAGCACGACUACUCUCCGGUACCCAGGGUACAUGCACAACGACCUCGUCUCCAUUCUCGCAAGCUUAGUCCCCACCCCGCGCUGCCAUUACCUGAUGACCGCCUACACGCCCUUCACGGCCGACUCCGUCGACCAAGCCAAAUCCGUGCGCAAGACAACAGUGCUCGACGUCAUGAGACGACUGCUCCAGCCCAAGAACCGGAUGGUCUCAACCCAGCAGUCGGCAGACUCGUGCUUCAUCUCCAUCCUCAACAUCAUCCAGGGCGAGGCCGAUCCCACCGACGUCCACAAAUCGCUCCUGCGGAUCCGCGAGCGGGGGCUGGCCUCGUUUAUACCAUGGGGCCCCGCAAGUAUCCAAGUCGCGCUGUCCAAGAAAUCGCCGUACUUGCAAAGCUCGAACCGCGUCAGCGGUUUGAUGCUCGCGAACCACACCAGCAUUGCCUCGCUCUUCAAGCGGAUACUGGACCAGUACGACCGUCUGCGGAAACGCAACGCGUUCUUGGAACCGUACAGGAAGCAGCCUAUGUUUGCUGAGGGACUCGAGGAGUUUGAUGACGCGAGGGAAGUGGUUGCGGAUCUGAUUAAUGAGUAUCGGUUAGCAGAGACGGUAGAUUAUCUAGCAUGAUGCUGAUUAUGUGUUUUUAACUUGUUGUAAUGUUUCUGGAUGUUUCCGGACGUAUAUUUAUUUUAUAUCGAUUGUAUUAGUAAGGCUUUUAUUUUAAUUGAAUUGGCAAUGGUUAUUAUCUAUAAG